AUGGAAGGAGCCGAGGCGGCGGCGCUGGCGGCGGCGCUAGAGGCAGCGGCGGGCACGAGCGCAGGCAACGGGCGCGGACGCGGCAUUGCGCUGGCGUACAACUCCAAUCUUGAUCUGGUGGUAGAUGCCGGACGUGUGUUUGGUCCCGGCGGGCCGGCUGGUGAGCCUGCGGCCUGCGACGGCUUUGGCGGCGAGGCGGCGUGCGAGGUGCUCGCUACGCCGGCCGACGUUCUAUGCUGCUUCCGGCUGUUUGCCGCCGACGGGCGGGCUGCCGAGCGGAUGGUGGUGGACGAUGAGUUGUAUGCGGCGCUGGUGGCUCACGCUGCAGCCGCUGAUGCGUCUGUGGAGCACGUCGGCGGUAACGCGGCACUGAUGGCGGUGGCGGCUGCUGGCUUUGCUCCCGAGGCAAGGAUCCUGCUCGGCGGGCCGGUCGGACCGGGUCUGGCCGCGCUCCUACCGGGCUCGGUCGAGCUCGCCGCCGGUGCACCCGAGGCCGCCGACGAGGUCCAUCUCAUCAUUGAGUACAAGGCCGGCGUGGAGGUGGCCGGCGUCGUCCCGCCGCGGGCCAACCGGUUCAUCUUGCACUGCGACAAGGUCAACGGCGAGCUGCGUGGAGCCAAGACUUUCCAUGUCGCGCUAGGUGACUUUGCGCCAGACACAGUUGUCCUAUCGGGCUUCCAUCUGCUCGACGCGCUUGCGGUGGAGGCCUCGACGCCGCGGGUGAGCGCAGUCGUGGCCGAGCUCGCCGCCGCGGUAGGAGGGCUCAAGUAUCGCCCGAGCGUCCACCUCGAGCUGGCGUCAAUGGCUAACAGCGCCUACAUGGCGCAGCUCGUCGAGCUUACUGCCGGUGCGGUGGACUCGAUCGGAUUUAACGAGCAAGAGCUCGAGGGCCUGGUGGCCGCGCUUGGCCUCGACGGAACCAAGCCGCUGUUUGCUGCCGAUGCCACCUCGCACAACGUCCCCAGCCGCGCGGGCGUAGAAAGCGCCCUGGCAUCCCUGUUUCAGCACUUGGAUAGUAGCGCAAGCACUGUGACAAGGCUGCAUUUUCACUCGCUCGCCUAUCACGUCGUGUGCACCCGCGGCAGCAGCUGGGGAGAGCCGGCCGGUCCUGCUGCAGCGGGCGCGCUGGCGGUCGGCUUUCGGGCCUGCGGCCUUGCUCCGCAGCCAGUCAGCAGCUUCAACCCUGCUAUCCACUUUGAUGUCCUCUACACCACUGGCAAUGAUGGCGGCGUGGAAACCUUUACCCUGGACCCGCAGACUCAGUGCGCACUCGCACCGGUGCUGGUUUGCAAGGCACCGGUGCGGACGGUCGGGCUCGGCGACUCCAUCUCGGCUGCAGGCCUUCUUGCCUUCCAGUACCAAGCCAAGUAAAGCUGAGCAAGG